AUGGGAGGCUCAAAGAAGAAGGACAAACACGCGAGAGAAAGUGGAGGGGUUGUGGCAGCGGUGACAAGGCAUGGGGCCAAGUUCUCGAGCACCAUCCCCGUGGUGCAAGAUGUAGAGACACUCUCAGAAGCGCCUCCGACACCGUCACCGGAGCUGGCGCCGACUGAACCGGCAGCCAUUCCCUCCAAGCCUUCGGUGGUAGCAUCCCCUAUGCUGGGUGCCGCAACCGCGAUACCUGCAUCUGCAAGCACGGCACCGAGCGUGGUUAGCGAAUGGCCAAAGACCAUGAGUCAUUUGGGAGGCUCGCCCAAUCUGAUCAGCUUGAUGGGUGAAUCACCACCGACUCAGCCAUCGUCAUACGAGGACUCUCGCGGAAUCAGCUAUGCGUGGACCCCUCAACAGCGAGCUCGCGCACAACAAUAUGCAACCUCUGUCUCGCCACCAGAGAGCAUACGACGUCCCUUGAGCUUCCAAGCAGAGGGCCACUUCCCUGUCCACGACUUUCGGUCUCAAGCCUCCUCGCCCCCAUCGAUCCGCCGAAGCUCGAUGCAUUCGCCCUUUGGUGGAAACCGCCCGCUUCACAACCCGCCGCUGCCACACCAGCCUCAGGCGCACUUUUAUGGUGCACCCGAGCUCGACUUUGGCUCUGGUCAACAGGGUGGUAUCAAGGCAGGCGAGCGGGGAUACCACUUGGGCUUUGAUGUUCUCCCAAGCACAACAGUGGCGCACAAGGCUGGAAGCAGCAACGUUGUUCUCGCCGGCUACGAGGGCGGCUUGGAUGUGUACAACGUCAACAAGCGUGGAGUCGACCCUGUCUCAACUCUGAAAGGGCUGCGGGGAGCAGUCUGCCAGGCAAAGAUACUGAACUGGACCGGUGGUCCCGAUGCCAGCAACGUAUUCCCGUUGGUGGCUGUCGUAGUCCAUGGCCCAGCUCUACCGACUGCCAACACAGAAGUGGCCACAGAAAUAUCUAGCGCGGAUAUGGGGAGCCCCAAAUUAGACGGUAUCCGGACCCCUCAGUCAGAUAACCAGAAACCAAGUCCGGCUGUCAAACCAACAGCCACGAUUGAUGCGUACCAGACUUCCGUCGAGGUCUAUUCGCUGAAGACGAGCAAGUUGGUGGGAGUCUUGCUCGAGCUGCCCAAGAUUCCGAUCAAGUCUUCACUCUCCAAUCCCGUCUUCCGUAGUCCCCCGCCUUCGGGAGCACUUCAGAUCCGGGCAGAUGAAGGUCACAUCGUGGUAUCUUCGGGUGAGACAGGAGAAAGUUGGAUCUACAGACAAGCACAGAUCGAACAAGCACCGGGUGUGGAAUUCAGGUGUGUGGGCAAGAUCUGGACCAGUAUUCAGCAAGGGCACAAGGGCGACUUGACGCCAGACGAGGAGCGAAGCCGAAGCCCGCUCCCGGCUCGAAGACUGCCGCCCGCGCCUAUCAUUUCUCUGAAUGGCCGAUGGCUGGCUUAUUGCCCACCGGCACCUGCUUCACAGUCCACUCUCAACGCUCUCGUGCCGGUGCCGCUCGAAGGCAAAGUUCCUGGCAUAGCUUCGUUGGCAUCCCCAGUUCUGCCUAAUGAAAGCUCUGAUGUGGAUUCGCCCAUUUCCGACGGCAUGAUGAAUCGCAUCAUGCGCGAGACGACACAAGAGUUCAUUCAGGGUGCGAAGUGGGUAGGCAAGCACGGCAUGCAGCUAUGGAACAAUUACUGGAAACCCGGGCAGCAACCACAAGCCAGACCGACUACUGUAGGCUCGCCGCCAUGGAGCAACUCCUACGGCUCGCGCCCCGACGCCGCCCAAUUUCCGCCAACAUAUGGCAUUUCUGGUCAUGCACCAACCAAGGACCCAGGCCUGGUCUCUGUACUCGACCUAUCAACACUGGCGAAUUCGACCGUGAUCCAUCAUGUAACGACUUUCAAGGCCCCCUUGGGCUGCAGCUUCGUGGCUUUUGCCCCGACCGGGCUCUUGCUGUUCACAGCCAGCAGCAAGGGAGAUGUGCAGACCGUGUGGGAUCUCAUGCGUAUCCAGCACACAAAGUCGUCUGCUCUGCAGAACGUACAGCCUCACACUGGGCACGCAACGCGCGUACGACAAGUUGCCCAAUUUUCGCGCAUGACUGUGGCUCGCAUCGUCGAUGUGGCGUGGUCGCACCCGAAUGGCGAUCGCAUCGCCAUGGUGACAGAGAAAGGCACUGUGCAUCUUCUGGACAUGCCGAACUCUGCGUAUACGUGGCCGCCACCGCGCCGUAGGGUGCCAGGACAGAAGACUGACCAGAAAGGAGCUGAGAAUGCCCCGUCGGCAGUGUCCAUUGCAUCGACCGCCCUAAGCUCAGCUUACGGUGCUGCGAAGCCCCUCAUUAGUGGUCAGCGACGAAGCAGCACGCAGGGUCAGAGCAACGCCACAAUCAUGGAACACGCGAGCUAUGGCGGCAAAGUACUGGCUGCCGGCAUUAGUCACUCACUGGGGAACGCAGGCACCGCUAUCAGCCAACUACGACACACGGGAGAGAAUCGUGUCGCUUUGCCACUUGAAAACAUGCUGCCCGGCCUAGCCUGCGCAACUUGGCUAAGUGGCAGAAAGUACUCGUCUCUGUUUGUGGUUGGCGAUGGCAUGGUCAGGACGUUCACCGGCAAGAGUCGGAAAACGUCAGUCGGAGCGGGUCGACUACCACCUAGUCGCACGUACAAAGACUUCAAGCUGAGGAAUGUCCCUGAUGAUGUUCUUGCGCCGUUGGUCAAGAAGUCGAUCGAGCCAGAGAGCGAGCUGGAGGUUGCACUACCGGAACCACAGGACGGAGGGCAUACUUUGGUUCUGCCGCACCGAACCGAUCUGAGCGCAUCUGUGCUCGGACCCGAGUCCUCGAUACCUCAGGCAGAGAUAGAAUCAAGCGCCCCAUACCAGCCGUUCCACACUGACAGGCGUGUUGGUCUCUUCGAGUACGACUGCAAGGUGUCUGGAAUUGGCGUCAAGCAGUCUGGGCCGGAGAGGUCGAAGAAGGACCGGAAGGCGCAGCCGAACGCUGCAGGGGCCUGGGCGUUCGGACAGCCGAUCAGUGGCGUCAAAGCCAGCAUGCGUCUGCCGGUGCCUGUGGACGACGAGUCGGUGAGCGGUAGCAUUGAGGACCACCGGGCUCUGCCGGCGUACGCCAUGGAGCGUGUCAUGCAGGUCGGCGAAAACGACGAGCAGAUCGUCGUGACGACUCGCAGACGCCGACAUGGAAAUCGGGCGUCGGCGGACGCAGAGGACGAGGAUGAGUUCUUUGAGGACGAGCUGGAGGUUAUUGAUUUUGCGGAUCAAAGGGUAUAG